AUGGCCUGGGGCUCCAGCUUCCUCAAGUCAAGUCCUCCCCCACCUCCCCUCCCUCCACCUGUCGUCCCUCGCUCGGGCCCCGAAAUCGAUGCCACGACCGUCGCCUCGCUCCUCGGUGUGGUCGCCCUCCUCGCCGGCGCCUAUGCAAUCUCCACCAAAGCGCUUCCCCGCACCGCGUCGCUGAAGAUCCGCAUCCUGUUCAUCUGGCACCUGUUCGACGCCCUCGUACACUUCGUCUUCGAGGGCAGCUUCCUGUGGAACUGCUUCUUCGUGUCGUACGCGCUGCCGACCAGCUUCGCCGCACAGAAGAACCUCCAUGUCACGCUCUUCACGCCUCCGGACGUCUACUGGCUGGGUAUCAAGGACAGGCUGUAUGGAGCGAACUACGGCGAGAGCCCUGCGAGCAGGCUGUGGCAGGAAUAUGCAAAGGCGGACAAGCGGUGGGGAGGGACGGAUCUGACGGUCAUCAGCCUGGAGCUGUUGACGGUAUUCGUGGCGGGUCCGUUGGCGCUGUGGAUCUGUUGGAGCUUGCGGGGCGAGGAGCGAAAGGGCGUGUUGAAGAAGUGGUUCUGGAUGGUGAUUCUUGCGACGGGCGAGAUAUAUGGAGGCUGGAUGACUUUCGCUCCUGAGUGGCUUUCAGGCAGCCCCAAUCUCGACACGUCGAAUUGGAUGUAUCUAUAUCUUUACCUCGCCUUCUUCAACGGCCUUUGGGUCGUCUUCCCGCUGUGGGUUCUGUGGGAGGCGUACGCCGCGAUGAGUGCGGCGAUGAGUCAGGCUGAGAUGGUAGAUCUAGUCAACUAUCUGAAAAAGGACGACUGA